ACGACCCUGAUCCAUGGCAGUGGCCCAUUUGUUUUUUUUAAUUAAAACCCAAAACCCUUUCUAUUCUUUUUGUCCCACAUUGGAAGUUUGAACAUCCUACCUCUCUUUCCUUCUCAUAUAUAAGAGACUCCUUCUCUUCUCCUUUUUCCCAUCAAGUCAAAGUAUUCUUUGCGCGUGACAAGUUGUUGAAUUAUUCAACGAUCAGUCACUAGUGAAUUUUUCUGGUGGGAUUCCCGGGUAAGCUUUCGGCGAGAUUUCCGAUCGAGUUUCCAGCGGUUUUUCUGUUGAUCUCAGUUGACCAUCUUCCGUUGUUCUUUCCGGCCAGUUGCUAAGGUGAGCCUGGCAGACAGGAGUGAGUGAUAUCGGAUUGGUGCUUUUGGGCGUUUUCUUUAUUUCUAUUCCAGAUUUCCGGUUUUGUGCUUUACCGAGAUUUUAAGAUUUAUUAUACUAUUUGGAUUUAAUAUUAUUUAUUGGAUUUAUGGAGAUUUGAGAUUAUUUAUGUGGAGUAAUAAAUGGAAAUUUCAUGAUUAUUUCUUUAUUUAUUAUUAUUUAUUAUUAUUAUAUAUUUUGGAAAAUCGGGGUAUUAUAAUUUGGUAUCAGAGCGGGGUUCCGUCCCGGCUCUGACCCGGGAUGGCGAUUUGUGGGACGCGAUUUUAUUCGGUUUUAGAAGAUUUUGAAAUAUUAUUUUUGGGAGUUCGGGGAUUUUAAAAAAAAAAAAAAAACAAAAGUAAUAAGCACCAUUCUGUUUGUUAUUAUAUCUUGAAUUGAUGGUGUUCGGUUUCAGCGGGAAUUCAUUGUUGUGCUUUCCUUUCAGAUGCCGCCGCGUAGGAGAGUUGUUCGUAACCCGGCCGCCAGUGCUGCUCAAGAGGGUGGAGGUGAGCAUGUGCCACCACCUCCACCACCGCCAGUGAUUCCACCGCCAGUGAUCCCACCGCCUCCACCGCCGGCGUUUCCACCGAUCGAUCAGGCUGCUAUCAUGCAGAUGGUACAUCAGGCUGCUCAAGGGGUAGUUCAGCAGGCUGCUCAGGAGGCUGCCAGGAUAGCUGCACAGGAGGCUGCCAGGAUAGCUGCACAGGAGGUUUCCAGACAGUUGGCUGCAGCUCAGCAGGGACAGGCCCAUCGGGUGCCGCAUGGUCCGCAGAUUCAGGUGCAGCAGGGACCGCAGAUUCAUGUCCAGCAGGGUGCCCCGGUUCAGGUUCAGGGUAACCCGCAAGUUCCACCACCGCAGGGAGAGCAGCAUGGAGUUGAUGAGGACCUCAUGAGAGUGAUGGGGCGAAUGAAGCACGUGGACUUGGAGAAAUUUAGAGGGACAGUGAAUGCUACCGAAGCUUACCAGUGGAAGUACAGAUUGACCAAGUGUUUGAGGACUAUCAAGUGUCCACUUCACCUUUGCCUUAAUAUUACAGAGUUAUAUCUGCGUGGGGAUGCAGCAGUUUGGUGGGAGGGAGUGUGUUCGAUGCGCGAGGAGGAGGAUUAUCCGACCUAUGCUGAAUUUCUCGUUGCGUUCGACAAGAAAUACUUUCCCAAGGAGGCCUUACACCAGAAGAGGAAUGAGUUCCAGCAUUUGACCCAGGGUGGCAAGACCGUCAGGCAGUAUGAGCAUGAGUUCAGAGAGCUUCGCAUGUUUGCUGGUACCCAUUUCGAUGAUGAGGACUUGAUGAGGAUGUUCCUAAAUGGGAUGAGAGUGGAUCUCCGCGGCAGAUGUAGUAUGGCUAAUUACACCAGCUUGGAGGAUAUGGUAGAGAAGGCUGUUGUGCAGGAGACGUGUCUUGUUGAGGAGCAGAAACAAUCCAAAGCAGCUCAAUCAAAGUUCGAGAAGACUUCUGAGUCACAGAAGAGGACAUGGGAUCAUACUGGGGCGCCCAAUUGUGGGCGUUGUCGUCGCCCCCAUUUCGGAGAGUGUUUCCACUGCUAUAGUUGUGGGCAGUAUGGUCAUGUUCAAAGGAACUGUCGAAAUAGGCCAUUAGGUGCCCAUGAUGCAGCACCAGCAGCACAGGCAGCACCAGCAGCUGCAGUAGUCGCACCAGGAGCUUGCUACACUUGUGGCCAGCUUGGACAUAUCUCCAGGUCUUGCCCGACUAAGGGGCCUGCGGCCAAGCGUCAGGCCAUCGCUCCACGUGUGUAUGCUUUGGGAGAAGCCGAUGGAGCUGAGCGGAUAGGAGGUGAGCCUGGCAGACAGGAGUGAGUGAUAUCGGAUUGGUGCUUUUGGGCGUUUUCUUUAUUUCUAUUCCAGAUUUCCGGUUUUGUGCUUUACCGAGAUUUUAAGAUUUAUUAUACUAUUUGGAUUUAAUAUUAUUUAUUGGAUUUAUGGAGAUUUGAGAUUAUUUAUGUGGAGUAAUA